AUGGAUAGUGUUACUAAUUUUUCUGUUUCUCUCAUUAAGGGAUUUAUAGACAGUUUACGAGGUGUAACUGUCUUAUUAUAUUUAGAUAAAGAAAUCAAUGAACGAGCUCUCAGUCGGUCUCCACCGGUCGAUUUUGAAAAUAGUAAACAUAAACAUAAGCAACCAAAAGUUAAACAGGAAUCAAAAGUACUUACUAGGGUUCUACAAUCAUGUAUCCUUAAUGGAUUCAUAUUUUUGUUAAGUAUACUUAUUUUUGAGUAUGCCCUACUUCCCGGUGUCAAGUACUUAGUUAUCCUUGUUUUUGGCCACAAUCCUGGUGUGGCACAUAAUGUAUGGAGCUGGAUGCAGCCAUUUUUGUCUAUGACAUUUAGGAUGAUAUGGGUUUUGCCGCUGUUUCUGCUUAGCAAGCUUGUUAACAGCUUGUGGUUCCAAGAUAUAGCAGAUUCAGCAUAUAGACAUCGCAGAGGACGGCCACAGUUUAUGUCUAGUGUCAGCAAAAUAAUUGCCGACUCACUUUUUAGUCUUUUGGUGCAAGCACUAUUUUUAGUUCAGAGUAUGCUAGUCAGUAUGUUGCCAAUAACAUACAUAGGAGAGUUGCUUUGUCUCGUCCACAUGUGCCUACUUUAUUCCUUGUACUCGUUUGAGUACAAGUGGUUCAACAUGGGCUGGGAAUUACAUAAGCGACUAACAUUCAUUGAGACCAAUUGGCCAUAUUUCUUGGGCUUUGGUCUACCAUUGGCUGUUUUGACGCAAAUACCACAAUCUUAUAUUAUAAGUGGUUGUGUGUUCUCAAUAUUCUUCCCGGUGUUUAUACUGAGCGGGAACGAGGCAACGCCGGUCGCGGGAAGCGAAUAUCCCCUACGCUUGUUUUCUCCCGUCGUCGCCAUAUCCAACGGUAUGUUCCGUUUCGUUCGACACAGCGCCGACGACAAAAGG